UUUUCCAUUGUUUGUUAGCAUUAAAUCAAAAUGUAAAAGUUUCGCGAUAACGCUUGUUAUGAUUAGGUUAUCAAUUUUCGUAACGGAACAUGAUUUAUUAUUGUGAAUUUAAUUGUUGCUUUACAUUCGGAAUGGUUUGGGAAAUUCGAUUGCUUCGGUUAGGUUUCUCUUUGGUGAUUGAUUAUGUAACUGUGUGUUUUGCGUUUUAAUCCACAUUAUAUGUUUUCUGCAAAUUCUAUAUUAAUAUGCGUUUGGAGUGGUGAAUGAGAUGGAGAUUUGGCUGAAUGCAAUUGAAAGGAGGUAUGGAAAUUGGAAUUCUUAAUGUUAGUUAAUGACAUGCGGUGGCGGAAAAUAUUUGUCCACAAACUGAAUACUGGCUGGUGGAAGUUAUUUGGAAUAGAUCAGGACAUGGAUUAGGAAAAAGCUCUGGUGAUUUUCGGCAAUGCACCACGUAGGUACUGUAGGGAACCCAAAUAAUUCAACUCGGCCACGCAAGGAGAAGAGAUUGACAUAUGUUUUGAAUGAUUCAGAUGACACAAAGCAUUGUGCAGGCAUAAAUUGCUUGGCUGUACUGAAGUCCGAAUCAUCUGAUGAGUCUGAUUAUCUUUUCACUGGAAGCCGUGAUGGUAAACUAAAUAGGUGGACACUCUCUGGGGAUGCAGCGACCUGCUCUGCGACCUUUGAAUCUCACCUGGAUUGGGUAAAUGAUGCAGUUCUUGUGGGUGAUAGUACGCUUGUUUCUUGUUCUUCAGAUACAACCCUUAAGACAUGGAAUGCCUUGUCCACAGGAACAUGUACUAGGACGCUCUGCCAACACUCAGAUUAUGUUACUUGCCUUGCCGCAUCUGAAAAAAAUAGCAAUAUUGUUGCCUCUGGCGGCCUUGGUGGGGAGGUUUUUAUAUGGGAUAUUGAAGCUGCACUCGCUUCAGCUGCAAAAUGCAAUGAUUCUAUGGAUGACGAUGCUUCAAAUUGUGUCAAUGGUUCUGGCAACUUAUUGCCAAUGACAAGAUUACGUACCAUCGGCUCUAGCAAUAGUAUAUCCAUGCAAACUCAAACUGAAGGAUACAUUCCGGUUGCUGCCAAAGGCCAUAAGGAAUCUGUUUAUGCAUUGGCAAUGAAUGAAGGUGGAACAGUUCUUGUUUCCGGUGGUACAGAAAAGGUUGUACGUGUUUGGGAUCCAAGAUCUGGAUCAAAGACUAUGAAGCUAAAAGGGCAUACAGAUAACAUUAGGGCUUUGCUUCUGGAUUCUACUGGCAGGUUUUGUUUAUCAGGAUCUUCAGACUCUAUGUUAAGGCUUUGGGAUCUCGGUCAGCAACGGUGUGUGCAUUCUUAUGCCGUUCAUACAGAUUCUGUUUGGGCUCUUGCUAGCAAUUCAACAUUUAGUCAUGUUUAUAGUGGUGGUAGAGACUCUUCUUUAUACUUGACAGAUUUGCAUACUAGAGAGAGCAUUUUGCUUAGCACUGGGGAACAACCAAUUCUUCAAAUGGCUUUGCAUGAUGAUAGCAUAUGGGUUGCAUCAACGGACUCGUCAGUUCACAGAUGGCCUGCUGAAGUAUGCAACCCUCAAAAGAUUUUCCAAAGAGGCAAUUCCUUUUUAGCUGGAAAUUUGUCAUUUUCAAGAGCGAGGGUGUCUCUAGAAGGAUCUACCCCUGUUCCUGAAUAUAAACAGCCUACAUUGACUAUUCCCGGCAUCCCUGCAAUAGUACAACAUGAAGUUUUAAAUAAUAAGAGGCAUGUACUGACAAAGGAUACUUCUGGUUCAGUGAAGUUAUGGGAAAUCACUAAAGGUGUUGCAAUUGAAGAUUAUGGAAGGGUACCAUUUGACGAGAAAAAGGAAGAGCUAUUUGAGAUGGUUAGUAUUCCAGCAUGGUUCACAGUGGAUACCAGACUUGGAUGUUUGUCUGUACAUUUGGACACUCCCCAGUGCUUUUCUGCAGAGUUGUAUUCACAAGAGCUUAACAUUGUAGACAAACCCGAAGAUGAUAAGAUUAACUUGGCCCGAGAAACACUGAAAGGGCUCUUGGCUCAUUGGUUGAGAAAACGAAAGCAAAGGAUGGGAACUCCUGUUUCUGCCAAUGGGGAAUUAUUAUCUGAAAAUGAAAAUGGUACUAAAAGUCUUUCACAUUCAAGAGUUGAGGUUGAUGGAAGUUCUGUGAAUGAGGCUGUGGUUUAUCCACCUUUUGAAUUCUCAAUUGUUUCCCCUCCUUCCAUUAUUACUGAGGGAACACUUGGAGGUCCAUGGAGAAAAAAGAUUACAGAUUUAGAUGGAGCUGAAGAUGAUAAAGACAUCCCCUGGUGGUGUCUGGACUGUGUAUUGAAUAAUAUAUUACCUCCUAGAGAAAAUACCAAAUGCAGUUUCUAUUUAUAUCCCUGUGAAAGCUCUAAUGUCCAGAUCCUCACUCAAGGGAAGCUAAGUGCUCCACGUAUAUUAAAAAUUCACAAGGUUAUUAAUUAUGUGAUAGAAAAGGUGGUGCUUGACAAACCUUUGGAUAGUGUCAAUGUUCAAGGUAGUUUUCCCCCUGGAGUUGCUGGAUCGAAUUUACAGCAUCAAACAGUUGGGGAUGGUUCUUUCCGAUCUGGGAUUAAACCUUGGCAAAAACUUAGACCUUCUAUUGAAAUAUUGUGCAACAAUCAGGUAUUGCCUCCAGAAAUGAGCUUAGCCACAGUGCGAGCUUAUAUAUGGAAGAAACCAGAAGACCUUGCCCUAAAUUACAGAGUAAUUCAAGGGAGGUGAUUGCAAAUUGUGCUUUCGUCGAUGGUGAUAUAGCAUCUUGAACUUUGCUUAGGUUUUCUCGUGAUUGCGUUAACACUUCAGGGCAAUGAUUCUUAAUGGGGUGCCUACUUUGAUGAGUACCAUUGUAAGAGAUUUGUUUGUUCUAAACUCACAUUGAUAACCAAAUUUAGUGGCACUAUUCAAACCUGCUCAAAUAGAUUUUACUAUAUUGAAAUUUGUGACUAAUUCUUUUUGAAUUACAUCUAGCUCGAACAUAUUUUCAGUCGUCAUGACCAGGACUCGUCAAUUUUGUGUCUGCAUGAUAAAGAAGGUUUUCUAAUUGGCUCCAGGGAGUAUUAGUAGGGGUCAUCAAAUGCGUGUUUUCCAGGAAGUAGGUAGUAAAUUUAGGGAUGGAAACAAAAUAAUUGUACAUUUGAUCCGUAUGUUGAAUACCUAAACAUAGAAAUUAUGUUCUAUAGAUGUAUUUUCCUUCAUAUUUGUCUCUGCUCUGUUUCUUUUUUAAUAAAAAAAUUGGCUAUUAUUAAUUGCAAGCGCUAUUAUUUUCAUUUUCUUAAAGAAUCA